CUCCUCCUGCUUUUCUUCUUUGAGGCUCUUUCUGUCUCUCUCGUUCUGUUUUUCUCGCUCUCGCGAUGCUUUUUCUCGGUGAUCGGAGGGCUCGCUCCAGUGUUUGUGGCUGUGAAUCGAGGGGAACUUGAGGUACUUUUCCUUCUCUUCCACUCAUCCAGCUACUCUCCUGUCGUUGGGAGGUCUUCCUGGCGGUUGAUUGUUUUCGAGAGGGAAGCUUUUUUUUUCUCUCCUCUCCCUCUUCCCGAGAAUCGGAACCUCUCCUCCUCUCGAUUUUUCGCUCUUUGAAGGUGUGGCUCCGGCGAUCCCUGAGGAGUAGCGCCCUCGCUUUUCUUCGGUGAUCCUUUUGAGCUGCUGGUUUUUGCCGACCGGUGGGAGCGCGUUUUCGGUGGACCCGUGUUUCUGGGAGGCGUUCCGUUCCGGAGUUGAUACCGUGAGCUUCUCUUGGGGGUUUGUUUUUGCUGGGUUGUACUAGUGGGUGUUUGUGAACCUUUUUGAGUUUCGGUGUUUCUAUUUGGCGAAAGGAGGUGCUGUACCGAGAUUUUUUGCUCAUCUUGGAGCUUACUUUUUUGGUUCUUUUGGGAUUUCGUCUUUGGUGCAUGUGCUUUGAAUUUCUUUUCGUGGAGCUGUACUGUGUGGGAAUCUGUGGUGCGGAUGUUCUCUGACGGCAGGCUCGAAGUGUUUCCAAACGAAAUUUGAUCAUUUUAGAGAAUUUUCAUCUUGGGUGGUCUUCUGAGAGUGAAUUUGCUACUUUGGAGCGUGGUUCGUGCUUUUGAUGUUUUUGAAAUCCUCUGUGUUUGAUUUGGUCGUUGUUGGGGUGCGUUCCGUUGUAAAGCUUCAGGCAGCAAGAAGAAAAAAGCAAAAAGAAGAAAAAAGGAAAACCCUCCUCGUAGAUUGCUGUUAUUGUGCAUUAUUGUCGUCGAAUUUUUUGCAAGAAGAGGAAGUGUUGCAAAUUUGGUGUUUUGAUUGAGAUCUUGGCUUCGUCUUCUUCGUUCCUUCUUUUAAAAGUUUUCUGAAGGCACAGUGGAUUGUUCGUGAAGAGAGAUUUUAGCAAAAUCAGAGGAGUUGGACAUUUGAAAAGAAAUUCAGCUCAAACAGGGAAUUUUUUUGGAUCGUGUGCUCCAUUUUGGAGGAAGGUCAUUCUGCGAAUUCCAACAGAAGAGUUGAAUUGGCUAUCUAGCGCUGGUUCGAGAACUUUCUCUCGGAAAUAUAGUUUCUGAGACAAAAUCUGGAUUAAUGUUCUGACGCCGAAGCUUUUAUUUGGAUACUUGCACCUUUAAGUAGGAGCAGGUUCACCGAGAUCUGCUUUUUGGGGAUUUGGUAGAUAAAAGACUACGGCUUGGAUUCUGCAAAUAUGGGAGUCCAGGAAAACAGUUUCGCCAUAUGUUCAGCAACGAGUGACGCAUCUAGCAAAAGUUUGCUUCCUGAAGUUAGUAUACCACUAUCAAUAAGUGCGGUUCAGCCAGGGGAGAUUGAUUCACAGGGAGAUGACCAAGUACCUAAGGUGAGGAAACCUUAUACAAUCACCAAACAACGUGAGAGGUGGACAGAGGAUGAGCAUAAGAAAUUUUUGGAGGCUCUAAAGUUGUAUGGUCGGGCCUGGAGAAAAAUAGAAGAGCACAUAGGAACAAAGACUGCUGUUCAAAUUCGAAGCCAUGCUCAGAAAUUCUUCACCAAGGUUGUUCGCGAGACAGCCAGCAAUGGGGCAGGCUCUUCUAACGCCAUAGAGAUUCCUCCUCCUAGGCCAAAAAGAAAGCCCGCACACCCAUAUCCUCGCAAAUUAACAAACAUAUGCAAGAAGGAGUUGUCAGUUGUCCUCCCGGAAAACAGGUACCCGUCAGUCCCAUCAGCCAUGGGAUCAAGUGCGACGUUUUCGUCAGUCAUCCAACAAGAAAACGGGUCUCCAUUAUCAGCGUCAUCUGCAACUGGUUUUGACCCGAAUGAAUCUAACCAAGUGAAUUGUCAGUCACCUGUUUCAUCUGUUGAGGGCUCAAAUCCACCAUCCUCGGUGCUUUCUGAACAAGAAAAUGGGUUUCCUUCAUCAUCUUCAUCAUCUGCCAAUUUUAGUCCUUUGGGCCCGUCUGUUCAUGGUGAAUACAACGGAUCUUCUUCACCAGCUCCUAAGUCUAAUGAAUCAAGCUCGCAGGAUCAACCGUCCACGAAUGUGGAUUCGGGCACUUCUAAUGCAACGGAAGUAGUAGUGCCGCCGAUGGAAAUUUAUGAUGGAUGUGCCAGCAAAAGAUUGUCGUCGGAAACUAAAGCAACAAGCCUUAAACUUUUUGGCAAGACGGUCUUUGUUACCGACGGUCAGCGCCCUUCUGCCACCGCAACCACACCAAGCAUGACAGAAGACCAAAAAUCAUCAGCUUCUGCUUUCGGGAAAGAAGAUUCUGCGGAGAAUUCCACCAGGGAUGAAAAUUUUCAAACUGAAACCCAUUUGACUUGCCAGCCCCAAAUUCCUCUUGAAAAAUCAUCACUACUGCAGGACCCUGUAAAAGAUUCUUCGUGCAAAAGCACCUGGAACUUAAUGCAUUCUGACGUUCCACGAAUGUUUUACUGCUUGCAAUAUCCACAGAAGGACCCGAACCUCGACGGGGUGGCUGUUGCUCCACGGUGGGCUGUAUAUGGAAACUUCCCCUUCUUUAUGCAGUCCUCCGCUCCAAAUGAUCCAAGUAAUCCAACCGAUGCUGGGAUGCCCUGUGGAACAGGAGGCGUUGCCAACCUUAAUCUGGGCGGCGCACCCCGCCACUCGGCGAUGUCUGCAGUGGACAACAACAAUAAGGAGACAGGUUCUCCAGCAGGUUCAGGGACAUCUUCGGCAAGCGAACGUUGCGCCGUGGAGGACCGUUUCAGUUUCUCCAAUGAGGGGAAAUUUGGUUGUCGAAAUUCUGGUUUGUUUAAUCGAAUAAGAAGCAGCGGAAAGGGGUUUGUCCCAUACAGAAGGUGCAUUGCGGAGACGGGCACCGAAGAAAUGCCACCCCUCGAUGGCAACAAGGAAGAGAAACGAAUCCGGCUGUGCCUGUAGAGUAUUGGACCUGUGGCUUGCGAAUAUGCAUCUCUCCUUUUCCAUGGUCUGAUGCUAAUUUUGUUAGAGGCAGCAGCAACGAUCGGUGGGGAGGAUGAUUUGGAGAAAAAAGAGCAAAAAAGACUGUUCGGCGGACGAACUUUGUCAGUUUUGUUUUUGUUUCCCUAUUUCUCCUCUCCAAGUGUAAAGGGUUCAACGAUCUUUUUGUUGCCCUCAGCUUAGCCCGUCAUGUAACAUUGUAACCUUCUUCCAUUAUGUAUCUUCGAAUAAUUCAAUUUUGCUGAACACAUUGCCUCAAACUUCGUCGGUGGCCAUGUAAUGAGUGGACUGAUUGCUCUCUCUCACUCUCCCCCUCCUGAAAGAGCAGUAUCUUCCAAUCUGCGGAAGGCUUUAAUAAGAAGUGCAAGUGUUGUUUUUUUAAAUUGCCAA